AUGUCUAUGCCAUCAAUGAAUCAACCACCUCCGCUGCCUCCGAGACCUAUUGACAAUCAACAAUUAUCAAAUCCAAUGAUGAGUUCAGGUUUCGGUUAUGGAGGUUACAGUAUGAACGGAUUUCCUGGAUCUGGAAUGUACGGAACCGGUGGAAUGUACGGUGGAAUGGGUUACGGUGGCUACGGUGGCGGUUUCAAUCACAUGGGAUACGGUCAAUCACCCGACAGUAAUUUUGCUCGUCUCGCAGAAGAACAGUCACGUGGAGCAUUUCAAUCGAUUGAAUCAGUUGUAAAUGCAGUUUCUUCUGUUGCAAAUAUGCUCAAUUCAACGCAUAAUGCAGUUUAUAGCUCAUUUCGAGCAGUUAUUGGAGUCGUUGAGCAAUUUGGAAGAUUAAAAACUCAGUUAUCAUCAGUAGUCGUUUCGCUUGCACUCUUCCGUUGGAUUUAUCGUUUUUGGAGGUGGCUUCUUGUCAUGCUGAAAUUGAAACCAGCAAAUUAUGCAAGUGCAGCUGAAAUGGCUUGGGGAGCUUCUCAGCCUUAUGCAACAGACGUUCUUGGAUCAACAAGAACCCCAGCAAGUGUCAAUUGGCCAGCUGCUCUCUUCUGGGUUGUUGCCAUCGGAGGACCAUGGCUUAUCUAUAAAUGUGUCAGUCAAAUGGUUCAAGCAGCCGAAGAAAAAAGGAAAUGGGCAACCGGGUCAGCAGCCCAUUACACAGCUCAAGCACUUUUCGAUUUCCAAGCUUCGAAUGAUCAGGAGUUGAGUUUUAUGAACGGAGAGACAUUGAGAGUUGCACCAAAAGAAGAGCAACCGAGAGUUAGAGGAUGGCUGUUGGCGAGUGCCGCUGAUGGAAGUCGUAUAGGACUUGUUCCUAUCAAUUAUGUGCGAAUAGUAGGAAAACAAUCCCAAUCUCCUCCACUUACUCAACAAAGCAAUUUGGAUUCAUUUGUGGAUGCGUUCCCUUCAAAAGAUCUGAAUUCUAAUUUCCAGUAA